UAUACACUCGGACGAUGCACAACACGAGGCUGCUGGACAGGGCGGCGAAAGAGCUGCGUGCACAACGGCAUACCGGCCAUUAUGAAGCGCGCAGGAGGCACGACGGAGAGCGCGUUGCACGAUCUCAGACGGGUGAUCCGACGCAGGCCGGAUGACAUGCUGCUUGACGUGAAGCAAUGCAGCGGUCGUCGAAUGAGCAGAAGCGGCGACGCGCAGUUGCUUUUUGCCUUCCACCAGGCUCGCCGCGCGCAGGCUCGUCGAGAAACAGGGCGAGCAUAUUGGGGGCUCCGUCCGGGUUUUCGAAAAGUGAGGCUGCCGAUAUGCGGCGGCCGCCAGCCAAUCUCGCUUCCCACUGCUGCACGCUCAGCGCAUUCGAGGCCUCCCCCUACAAUCCCUCUCAGACGCGUGCGACGGCGGCUGCGGUGGGCCCGGUGCCAGCCGCCGCAUCUCGCGAUGAGGGCAGCGCGGCGCCGCGGCGGUGUGACGGACGGCUGGGAAGGCCUGCGCUGUCGCUUCACAAUCAGCGCGUGUCGCCGGCGAGCAUCCGUCGCCAGCGCCCCAAGCCAUCACCCGUCGGUGGCGAUCAGCCUCCGUUCCCAAUCCAUUGCUGCAGAUGCAAGAGAUGUGGUCAGGGCAUACACAAGACCUUUUAAACCAAAUAUGCAAGGACCCCGUCCUCCCUUUCCGACCACCGCCCUCCCUCACACCGUCCGCACUCCCUCACCCUCCCUAACAUUGCACAAGCCAGACACACAGGACCGAGUCAGCGCUGCUGCUGUUUGAAUUCCGCAACGCGUCUCACCUUGCCUCCGCCCGCCUCCUAGAAUAAGAGUCUAGUAUUCCUCCCUGAUCUCGCGCCCCAGACGUCCCGUCGGCCGUGUAGGCACAUGAGAACUGUCUAU